AGUGGCUCUUUGGAUUGUUAGAUUGCGUUUAUCGAUUGGUUGUCGGAUUGUGAUGCCUCCCAAGCGUAGAAAAGGUUCGAAUCCCAUCAAAAUCGAAUACGAAGAGGAUCAAGUGGAACGAAAAAUCGGUGAUCAAGUCAUCAGCGAUCCUAAAAACAUUAGAAAGAAAAUCAAAAAAGAGGAAAACAGAUUUCCUGAUGUUAAACGCGAUUUGAAGUCGGAGCCAGUAGAAGAUGUCAAGUGGGAACCGCUGAAUUGGCACCGGGUGUUCACGAACAUCCGAGAAAUGAGGAAGAACUUGGACACUCCCGUCGACGACAUGGGAUGCGAAAGUUGUGCAGAUGAAGCUGCCGACCCUAAGGUUUUUCGGUUCCAUCAUUUAGUGGCCCUUAUGUUGUCGAGUCAAACCAAGGAUCAAGUUACUCAUGCAGCCAUGCAAAGGCUUCGUGCUGAAAAAUUAUCGAUCGACAUGAUCUUGGAAACGCCGGAAGUAACCAUUCAGACUUUAAUUUAUCCGGCCAGCUUUUACAAGAGAAAGGCCAUUUACUUGAAACAAGUGGCGCAGAUUUUGCGAGAGAAAUAUGACGGAGAUAUUCCCGACUCCGUCGAAGGACUGUGUGCUUUGCCUGGCGUCGGUCCGAAGAUGGCGCAUCUCUGUAUGCAGUGUGCAUGGAACACAAAUUCUGGGAUCGGAGUGGAUACGCAUGUUCAUCGAAUUGCAAAUCGAUUGGGGUGGCUGAAGAAAGAAUCGAAGAUGCCGGAAGAAACUCGAAAAGGAUUGGAAGAUUGGCUGCCGAAAGAUUUGUGGCGAGAAGUGAACUGGCUUCUCGUUGGUUUCGGACAGACAAUUUGCACUCCACUGCGUCCAAAAUGUGCGGAUUGUCUGAAUAAAUCCUUGUGUCCUUACGGUGCUAAAGCUCCAAUUGUCGUUUCAUCGCCUCGGAAGAAGAAUUCAUCGCGAACCGGAGUGAAGCUGGAAGUCCCGUAA